AAAACAACAAGUAACACAAUCUCCCAAUGAAAAGAGAGCGUGUGGUUCUCUCUGCGCGUGGCUGAAAAGCGACAUGGCGGAUUAAACCACAUUUUACAGUCAUUACUACUUUCUUCACCUUCUUCAAUAUCCGGUGACACAACAGUGGUUUUUAAUUCAACUCACUUUCCCUUUGCAUUAUUAUUCAAUUUCUAAUUUAUUGACGUCUCGAUUAUAGAAUUGCAACAUCAAUGGCGCCUACCGAAACAAAGCUGUUCCACUUAGGUUUUUGUCCUCUGCCCAAUUUCAGCCCCUUUCGGAUUUGAUACGACUAAAAUAGGUGUCCCUUUUGUCCGAAUUCAUAAUUUUCGGGGAACUCUGUUUUCACUGAAAUAUCUGCUGUUUCUGUUGGUGUUGAGAUCUUUAUGGAUAGAUAGAUACAUAUAUAGAUGCGGUUGGUUUUUGUUGGUAUAUAAAUCAUACAUACACCACACGUGUAAAUAUACACACUUCGUGCUUGAUAAAUAUCUUUGUUCGGCACACUCUGGGCUUGUUGGUGUGUGCGGGAGCUAGAGAGGGGGAGAGAUGAUGACAUGGAGAAGAGUGGGGAAGUCGUUGCAGGGAGUGACAGCGCACACUUUGCUUUUCUUCUUUACGGUGCUGCUUGUUCUUAAGCUCGAUCAUACCGUUUCCUACUCUUGGUGGGUUAUUUUCUUUCCGCUGUGGCUAUUUCAUGCAGUUGUUGCACGAGGAAGAUUUUCUCUUCCUGCGCCAUCAGUUCCUCAUGAUCGCCAUUGGGCCCCAUGCCAUGCUGUGGUUGCUAUGCCGUUGCUUGUUGCAUUCGAACUGCUUCUUUGUAUAUAUCUCGAGAGUGUAUAUGUUGAUCAUUCUGCUGCUGUGCACCUUAAAAUUGUCUUCCUUCCUUUGCUGGCCUUCGAGGUUAUCAUCCUUAUUGACAAUUUUAGAAUGUGCAAGGCUUUAUUACCAGGAGAUGAUGAAAGCAUGAGUGACGAGGCAAUAUGGGAAACUCUUCCGCAUUUCUGGGUAGCAAUAUCAAUGGUUUUCUUUGUUGCUGCUACAUUAUUCACUCUCCUGAAGCUAUGUCGUGAUGUUGGUGCUCUUGGCUGGUGGGACCUGUUCAUAAAUUAUGGGAUUGCCGAAUGCUUUGCAUUUCUUGUUUGCACAAAAUGGUCAAAUCCAGUAAUUCAUAGAAAUUCACAAACAAGAGAAGAAAGCUCAUCUUCUAGUGCUAUUAGAUAUCUGGACUGGAAUAGCGGUUUGGUGGUAUCUUCUGAUGAUCAUUUGCAGGAUAGAAUUUGUGGCCUGCAAGACAUUGGUGGCCACAUAAUGAAAAUUCCAAUUAUUGUUUUCCAAGUCCUCCUCUGCAUGAAGCUGGAGGGAACUCCACCAGGUGCUAAGAACAUUCCUCUUCCAGUUGUCUUCUCUCCCAUCUUUCUGCUUCAAGGAGCUGCUGUCUUGUUUGCUAUAUUCAGAUUAGUAGAGAAAAUGGUUUUCUUGCUACGAAGUGAGGCUAGUGGAGGAAGAUAUCUUUUAUACUCUUCAAGAAUUUGCGACUUCUUUGGUUUUCUGCAUCAUGGCUCCAGGCUGCUUGGUUGGUGGUCCAUUGAUGAAACAAGCAGAGAAGAACAGGCCCGCCUACUCCAUGAUGGGGCAUCAGGAUAUAACACCUUCUCCGGUUAUCCACCUGAAAUAGUGAAGAAAAUGCCAAAGAGGGAUCUUGCUGAGGAGGUUUGGAGACUUCAAGCAGCACUUGGUGAGCAAACAGAAAUUACGAAAUUCAGCCAGCAGGAGUAUGAGAGACUUCAACAAGAAAAAAUUCUAUGUAGAGUCUGCUUCGAGGGAGAGAUUUGCAUUGUGCUCCUUCCUUGUAGGCAUCGCAUUUUAUGCAGCUCCUGCUCUGACAAAUGUAGGAAAUGCCCAAUUUGCCGAGUGUCUAUAGAGGAGCGCUUGCCUGUAUAUGAUGUAUAGCCUACGUAGAUUGCCUGUUUCGCCUCAUCUUCCAGGACUCUUCAUUUUUCAAGGGUAGAAACCUAGAUGGAUGAAGUAAAGGUAGUCUUCUCCCAAAAUCUAGCAAUACGAGGUUUACUGUUAUUGCUGGACAGCCUAGACUUCGACAACAUCUAACUGGAGUUAGAGAUUAACUGUUUCUGUGCUUGCUUUUUGCCUGUACAUACUUACAAGCUGUUCAAAAUUGGGGUAAAUGUGUAAUAUAAUGUUGCUCCUUUUGUUCUA